CAUAGAAGAAGAAGGAGACCACAGCACUGCGCAUGCGCUACUCUGGUUCUCCACGGAGCUGCAGGAGGAACGUUCUGGUAGGUGUCUGGGUGGAUUUAGGUGUGUGUUAGUGUUUCUACAGGCGGUGUGAGAGAACCAACAGCAGCUUUAAGUGUUGGACUGAGGCUGGGACUCAGGUAGGACUCCUCUAGACUCUGUUUACCGCUCUUAGUCGUGCUCACUAGUGAUGCUGGACACCAGAGACACCUCUAGUCCGCGGUGGGUUCGGGUCAUCCAUUGUCUGCAGCCGGACAGGGGCGCAUCUACCUGCUUUCGGAGGGGUGUGCAGCACACAGCCCGCUUCCCAGAGCCCCAUCUUUAUGAAGUGUCUGUUAGCUAAACACGGCUAAAGAAAACCUGCUACCACUUCAGGAUCAUCCAUCAGCAUGGACGCAGAUGUUCAGCAGCUGGUGCUGGUUAAAGAAGAAGCUCCUGGUGAGGACCAGCAGGACCCAGAACACCUUCACAUAAAGGAGGAACAGGACGACCUCUGGACCAGUCUGGAGGGAGAGCAGCUCCAUCUGAAGGAGGAGACUGAUGCUGCCAGGUUUCCAGUCACUGUAGUUACUAUAAAGAGUGAGGAUGAUGAAGAGAAACCUCUGAUCUCACAGCUUCAUCAGCAGCAACUAGAAGACAGAGAUGUUCCAGCCUGCAGCUCAGCUGGUGGAGGAGCAGAAACUAGCAGGAACCCAGGGUGUCAUGGUGGGUGGAAGUUUCCUGACCCGCAUGAGAGAAUCCCACACAGGAACACAGGUGUUAAAAUAAUGGCGCUGGUUAAAGAAGAAGCUCAUGAAGAACAGAGUGCUGGUGAGGACCAGCAGGAACCAGAACACCUCCACAUAAAAGAGGAACAGGACAACCUCUGGACCAGUCUGGAGAGAGAGCAGCGACAUUUGAAGGAGACUGAUGCUGCCAGAUUUCUAUUCAAUGCUGGUUCUAUAAAGAGUGAGGAUGAUGAAGAAAAACCUCUCGUCUCACAGCUUCAUCAGCAGCAAACAGAAGACCGACAUGUUCCAGCGAGCAGCUCAGCUGACCAUGUGACAGCAGAAAUGACAAGUCAUUUAGCAACAAGGUCUUCAGGCUGUUGUGCUAGUAAGGAAUGUGUUAUAGUGACGCAACAUGCAGACUCAUGUAGGGAAGUCCAGAAAAAGACUAAAACAUUUAGUUGUGAUCACUGUGGAAAAGAAUUUAUAGGAAAAUCAAGUUUAAACAGUCACAUGAGGAUCCACACAGGACAGAAGCCUUUUGCCUGUGAGCUGUGUGGUCAAAAGUUUAGUCAUAAGACACAUUUAAAAGAUCACAUUAGAAUCCACACAGGAGAGAAACCUUUUGCCUGUGAGCUGUGUGGACAAAAGUUUAACCGAAAGACAGAUUUAAACAGACACAUAAGAAUCCACACAGGACAGAAGCCUUUUCCCUGUGAGCUGUGUGGACAAAGAUUUCGUUAUAAGACAAGUUUAAACAGUCAUAUGAGUGCCCACACAGGACAGAAGCCUUUUGCCUGUGAGCUGUGUGGACAAAGAUUUAACCGAAAGACAAAUUUAAACGAUCACAUGAGAACCCACACAGGACAGAAGCCUUUUGCCUGUGAGCUGUGUGGACAAAAGUUUAGUCAUAAGACACAUUUAAAAGAUCACAUGAGAAUCCACACAGGAGAGAAACCUUUUGCCUGUGAGCUGUGUGGAAAAGGAUUUAACCGAAAGACAGAUUUAAACAGACACACGAGAGUCCACACAGGACAGAAGCCUUUUGCCUGUGAGCUAUGUGCACAAAGAUUUAACCGACGAACAACUUUAAACAGACACAUAAGAAUCCACACAGGACAGACGCCUUUUGCCUGUGAGCUCUGUGGAAAAAGAUUUAACCGACGACCAAAUUUAAGCAGACACAUAAGAAUCCACACAGGACAGAAGCCUUUUGCCUGUGAGCUGUGUGGACAAAGAUUUAACCGAAAGACACAUUUAAAAGAUCACAUGAGAACCCACACAGGACAGAAGCCUUUUGUCUGUGAGCUGUGUGGACAAAAGCUUUGUCAUGAGACACAUUUAAAUGAUCAUAUGAGAAUCCACACAGGAGAGAAACCUUUUGCCUGUGAGCUCUGUGGAAAAGGAUUUAACCGAAAGACAGAUUUAAACAGACACACAAGAGUCCACACAGGACAGAAGCCUUUUGCCUGUGAGCUGUGUGGACAAAGAUUUUGUUUUAAGACAAGUUUAAAGAGACACACAAUUGUCCACACAGGACAGAAGCCUUUUGCCUGUGAGCUGUGUGGACAAAGAUUUAGUCAGAAGACAAGUUUAAAGAGACACACAAUUGUCCACACAGGACAGAAGCCUUUUGGUUGUGUAACUUGAUGUAAGUGGUUACUUUUAUUAAAUGAUCAAUAAGAUGUGAUAUUUCCAUAUAAAUAUGAAAUAUCAAUAUUAUUGAUCUUUUGAAAUUUUAUCUAAAAUGAAACCAGGUCAUUUUGGUAGUUCGGGGAAAUCACACCUUCGUAAUAUUUUGAGACCGAGUGAAAAAUAGUUUCUAAAAACAAAUUUAAUACUACAUUUCUACUACUGUGUGGAUGGUGGCACAGGAGUAAAGUGCUCGCACCGUAAUCGAAAGGUUGCAGGUUUGAGCCCCCGCUCAGUCUGUCACUGUCGUUGUGUGCUUGGGCAAGACAACUCACCUUGCCUGCUGGUGGUGGUCGGAGGGACCGGUGGCGCCAGUGCUCAGCAGCCUUGCCUCUGUCAGUGCUCCCCAGAGCAGCUGUGGCUACAUCGUAGCUCAUCCCCGCCAGCGUGUGAAUGUGUGUGUGAAUGGGUGAAUGACUGAUUGUGUUGUAAAGCGCCUUGGGGGUUCCAGGACUCUAGAAGGCGCUAUAUCAAAUACAGGCCAUUUACCAUUUACUAAUGAUGACACGGAACAAAUGAUGAUAAAUUAUGGUUGAAACAAGAUAACUGGGACAAUGAAUGAAAUGAUGGAAUGUGUACUUAGAUGUUAUGUAGCAAAACCAAGUGUCUUAGAAAAUUGUGAUGUCUGGGUUGUAAAAUAAGUCUGAAUGUAUGGUUUAACAAUCUCUAUUAAAAACACCAUCCCACGCCAGUUGUGCAGAAUCUACGAGUCCUUGUGGUGAAGGCUGCCGGUGAUCCAGCGGUCGGAGAAGUUGAUACAAACAGCCAGUAGAGUUGACUUCUGUGGUAUUUGGAGCACAUAGUUUCACCCCCAAAAACCAAACCGCUGUUCUGAGAUACCUUCCAGGUGAGUGCUGGAAGCUGGUGUAACAAUUUUGCAACUCCACAAUAAUUUCAGACUUCUUCAUCUGAUGUGGAGAGACCAGCUUGUCUGAGCGUAGCCUUUAGGAGGCAGAUCUCGAGUCUGGCUUUGGUUGUUCCUCUGAAGGUGUCAGCAGGACUUUUCCGAAUCAGCUCCAUGUGCUGUACUUGAGCUGAAGAAUUUCGAGGUGUUGACUGUGGGAGUCCUUCAAGUUCUGCAUAUGCUGGGUGUAACUGCAGGCCUCUGUGGGUUCGGUUCCACUAGUAGCAGAAGGUGUACUACUGCAUACCUUGUUGAACAUCAGAUCAAAUAGGUUUGAUUAGACUGAAACUUUUUAUUGUCCUAUGCACGGUUAGAUAAAUGUUUCCCUGUACAACAACAAGCCAAUUUUUAAUAGCUAGCUGAUGAUUUUUGUCGUAGAGAAACAGUUCUCUGUCAUGAACCGGGAGAGUUACCAUGUGAUGUUCCAGCCCCCGCCCAGUCGAAGUUGAAAGCCACUGUCACUGCAACUUUGCACAACUGUAAUACGAUUCAUUUUUCAGUUUAGCAAAGCUUCAACAGGUAUAACAGUACUUGAUGAUCCCCUGUGCUACGUUACGUGCAUUUGCUACACAAAACUCACACAUCAACACAGAUU